AUGGCGGACGUCUCCCACCUUUCUCGCCCCCUCCGUCUCCUCCUCGAGUCCGCUCCUGAGGCACCCUCGCUCCAGACUCUCCUCACUGUCGUCGACUCCUUCGUCCUCGAGGUCUCCGGGUCUGUCAAUCCUGGCCCCCUCCUUAAAGCACUCGAGAACGAGCUCCAGGUAAUCCACGACGACCUCAUUGACCAUGCCGUCCUCAGCCAGACCGAGGUCUUCCUCGCCGUCCUGUAUCACCUUCGGCCCAUCCUACCACCCGCCUCGCUUAUCUCGACAUGGUACGACCUCGUCCUCCGCCCUGCGCUCCGCGAGCCGCGCCUUCCCAUUCCAUCCGUCGAUCACGCGAAGGAGCUUGUGCUUGCCGCACUCGACUCGGCCACCGGAACGGACAUCGGUGCGAAAGACGAGUCCGAGGAGGAGCGCGUGAAGGAGCGUGAGCGCCAGAGGGAGAAGGUUGGUGAGUUCCGCAGGCGACUGAUGGACUUGUAUCUCCUGGACGCAUAUAACGAGUGCUCGGGCGACGACGUGCUCGAGUGGGCGGAGCUAGACACAGAGCAACGCAACAAGAAGGCAUGCUGGAAAGCGAAUCUCGAGGACGUGCUCGUGAAGGCUGGCCUGGAGAGACCUCAGGUGCGUUCGCUGCGCACGAUCGACCUUGCAGCUCCUUAUGCACCUGCAAUCGCAGGAUUUUUUGACGGAAGUCUACCACUGCUUCUCGUCACCCACAUCAAGGCUGCAACUUCUCAUUCUGCUGAAUGCAUAUACAUCGCAGCCCGGUUUCCCUAA